UCGGUAUUUAGCCACAGCCAACUUCACUAGUUCUGUUGACAAGUAAGUGUGACAAAAGACAACAAAUUGUGCCUACAAACAAGAAAUUUCUGAAGAAAACUAAACAAAAACUCCAAAAGCGAAAAUGAACAGCCACGAAUCUUUUUCCUCCAUUGCCGCUAAGAGACGCCGAAUUGCCGAGCCUGAACGUGUGCAGACAUUUGGAGAGGGCGUUUUGCUUGACAUGGACCUGCUGUGCAUGAACGAUCUCUACUCGGACGUGUCGUUCUUUGUGGAGGAUCAGCGCAUAUCGGGGCAUUGCGCGAUUUUAGCCACGCGCUGUAAAUACUUUCACACGAUGCUUUUCGAAAGCAUGUCCGAGUGGAAGGAACGCCAAAUACGGCUUACCGUGCCGCUGGAGGCAUUUAAGGUAAUCCUCGGCUAUCUAUACUCGGGCACUCUGCCCAUGUCCACAAUGGACGUGGGUGCCAUCUUCCAAGUGCUCGGUUUGGCCAAUCUGUAUGGCCUGCUGCAACUUCAGACGUUCCUAACCGAACAUUUGCUGGAAACUCUGUCCGUUGGUAACGUGUGCACAAUCCUGGAUACAGCGCGCCAAUUCAAUAUUGCAGACCUGAUCACGAAAUCACUCAAUUUCAUCGAUGCCAAUGGGGCCAAGGUUAUAGAAGACGAUUCCUUCCAAAAGCUGUCCAAGGAAUCACUUGAAGAAGUCCUUUCUCGGGAGACUUUAAUUGCCCAUGAACUAAAUGUCUUUUACGCGGUAAAAGAAUGGAGUCGCCACAACCCGGACGUGGACAUCAAGUCGGUGGCCUCGCUUUUACGUCUCCCUCUUAUUAAAGUCGAGGACCUGCUGGGUACGGUUCGUCGCUCUGGACUUGUCGACGCAAACAACAUAUUCGACGUCAUCGAUAAAGCGAUCAAGUCGGAGAAUCUGCCCUAUCGUGCCAGAGAGUCUCCAGGUGUAGAUGUGGCAUCAGUAAGCGAAUGGGGGACUCGUUCGAUGCUCAACAAGAAUGAGAUUUUAAUCGAGCUGAGCUUCUGGUGCUUUAUCAAUAAUAUCGGUAUCUGUAUCUCAGGUAUUAACAACUCAAUACAAAUGCUCGAUUUCACCGUGGCAAUCUCUUGCGACAAGACCCACUGGGUUGGCUUGGGAACUUUUAAAUUUUCAGCUUUUCCGCCCUAUCUGGAUAUCACCUUCAUGCGCAGGCCUGUUCGUUUCAUUCGUAUCUUGCAACUUACACGCAAAAAUUAUUUUAAAGAUAUGGUCAUCAGAGCAAGUCUAAGCCCAGAUACUACCCAGGAGAUGGCUUGGGAGACUGCUUGACAAUAGCGACCACUGCUGAGUGACGGUCUGCAAAUUUGUUCCUUUUCUUUAUCAUUUGAAUGGAUAUUUUUAAUUUUAAUUGCUUUAAUUAGUUUCUUCUAUUGAAUUUAAUUCUUAUAAUUACAGAUACAAUAAAUAUAG